CGAUAUACAGGUGGUAAGCAGUUUGUUUAACCGGAAACCGAUUAUAGAUAUAUCGAGACAUCCCAAAUGGCAGCCGCCAAUCGGUACAGAGUGAUAGUCGACUUACCAUUUACCGACUUAUUCAUUCUCGAUAAAAUUCUAACAAGACCUAAAAUAUCGUUUGGUUAGACGAGAAACUGGUCUUAUAUAUUUUCACACAUUUCGUGCAAAAAUAAACUCCCAUUAUGAGAUUGAACCAAAUACCUCAUGUUUAAUAGUUUGCUUUAUACACCAAUAGGAUACAAGAAACUUCAUUAUACAUAUUAAUCUUAUAUAUUAUAUAGCUAAUGUUAUAUUUUACAUAAAUCAUUGCAAAUAUUAAUAAAAUUUAUUUUAUAUAUUUUUAUUUUUUAAGUAUCCAAUUGUUUACUAUUAAUUACCAAUUUUUAAUUAUAUUCUUUUUUUUGUGUGUAAAUAACUCUUUAAUUGCUUCUUUCUUUCUAAGUAACCUAUUUGAUAUGAAUUAUUUCUAGUUUUCUCAUAUACUCUAUUUACACUGAAAUAAACUGAUUGUACUAUCAAUCAUACCAUUUUACUUGUCAAACCCAACGGUAGAAUCCAUUUCCACAAACCUUGCCCAGACAUAGGGUCUCGAUCCGGUCAGUAACCUUGUGGUCAGUAAUGGUGAGUAACUCGUCCACAUCAGCAUGACAUCAACAUCCUUUCUCAUAUGGAAAGUUUUUAAUCUUUUUCCUUUUAAUCUUCAACGAACGAUUUCUCUCUCAUCUUAAGUUCAAAUUAAUUUUUUUUUGCACACAUAGAUCAGAUUAAUCAUGCUCUUCAAAAUGAUAUCACUUUGAUAUAUUUAUAGAACAAAUAAAAAACCGAGACAUAUUUUAUGAGUCUGUACCAUAUGGUAUUGGCAGGUAUUAAAUAAGAGCAUACUAUAUGAUAUGAAAGCGUACCAUGGUGGUAUGAAUAUUGAAGAUUCUAGGAUGGUUAAAUACAUAACAGUAGGAGUAUAUUAAAUGUCAUUUACGACUUUCAUCAUUGCGUACCACAAGUUACCACCCCACAUACCAGGGUGGUAUAAUAUGAUAUUUUUUUGUCGUGUAUUUUUUUCACCCAUAAUAUUGUAGAUACAAUAGAUUUUGAUGAACUCGUUCCUUCUAUUCAAAUAUUUUAAAAAAAGACUUAAAAACUAAGGAGAUACCAUAUGAUAUGGAGUUGGUAACGAAAGGCAUGAAAAAAAUUCCUCAAAAAAAUAUUGAAAAUUGAUCUCAUUUUAUAAAACACAACGUACUUGUUCAAUCUUUGAAAAAAAUUGAAUUCAAGUUAGAACCAAGAAGAUAAAAACAAAUUAAGAAAACUAAAAAAAUAAAAAUGUGUUUCUGAAUUUUCUAAACCCAUUUAAAUAGAAAUAUCCAAUUUAACUCGUUCCUUGUAAUGGUGUCGAGUCUUUGUCCCAUGCUCUUUGGGCUUGCCUUGGGAAAAAAAAAAAAAACUAGCGUCAUUUUGAUUUUCCUUUCACUUAUGAAAAUAGCGCCGCAGAACGCUCGGGAAACGGCGUCGUUAGGCAACUCUCGUUCGUCUUUCGGCUCUCGCAAAUCUGCUCCUCCGAUCAAACAGUGGAUUUGAUUUUGACUGAUUGAUAAACAAAGCCCGAUUUUUUCCCCCUGCCAUAUGGAGACAGAAAAAUUGAUCAAAUGGUCAUCGGCAAAUUUGGCCGCUUUCUUCUCCAUUUGUUGAUCUUCAUUAAAAGUAGUUGAAGCUGAAGAACAGCGGUAAGGUAAAACCUUGGAAGCAGUGGCAGCAAUGGAACCGCAAUGCCCUAACAACGGGAAUCCACGCUCGUUCGGGCACCACCACCAAGUGAAAGUGACGCUUCAGCCAUCGCCGGCGGCGGUGCAGCAUUCCGACGAUGCCCGGACGAGCGGGGAACUCCGGGCGCUGGAUUGUAACCUCAAUUCCCUCUGUGAUCACAUUCAGAUGGAGGGUUUCAAUUCCGGCGCCUUUUCAGAUGUCGUCGUUCAUGCUAUGGGGUCCACAUAUCACCUCCACCGGCUUAUCCUCUCUCGCAGCUCCUACUUCAGGAACAUGCUACAUGGUCCUUGGAAAGAAGCGAGUUCUCCUGUUGUGAACUUGAAUGUAGAUGAUAAGAAUGUAAAUGCUGAUGCAAUUGCCGCUGCCUUGGCUUAUUUGUACGGGCAUCAUCCAAAGCUUAACGACAGCAAUGCGUUUCGUGUCCUGGCAGCUGCUUCAUUUCUUGACCUCCAGGAUUUGUGUGCAAUUUGUACAGACUUCAUCAUCUCUGAACUUUGGAGUUCAAACUUCUUGGCAUAUCAGGUAUUUGCUGAGAGCCAAGAUUAUGGAUCAUAUGGAGAAAAAGUAAGGAAUGCUUGCUGGGGAUAUCUUUGUCAAAGUGGAGCCGUGGAACUGAAAGAGGUGCUUCCAAAACUUUCCCCUCAAACUCUGCAUGCCUUGUUGACAUCUGAUGAACUGUGGGUAGUCAGUGAAGAGAAACGGUAUGAACUAGCACUGUACACACUUCUGGCAAAAGGUACUUUUAGUCAGACGGAAACUUCAGACCAAGGCAGAUCAAGUACCGAAAUGCGUAUGGGUAUGCACACUGAUUCAUCCAAAUUGAAGGGAAAAGAAUCGAUUGAUAGCAGCACUAAGAGUUUGGAACCAGGACUUGGACGCUUGAGUUUGAAAGAUGACCUAGAAGUUCAAAAUAUGGCACACAAUCUUCUGGUAGAUCUUGUUGAGUGUGAGGUCGACUUUCAGGCAAGGCUUGCUGAAUCCAAACUAGGGCCACGGGUUUCAUUUUCACAAGCUAACAUGGGAAUGGGAUCUAUACCGUCUUGCAGCAUCUCACAAUCAUCUCCCGUGGGCAACUCCUUUUCAGAAAUAAAUGGAAAUACAACCUCAUGCUCUUUCCUUGAGAUGCCCAUGGGUGUUGGGGCAAGUGAAUUUUCUACAGAGGGUCCUUCUGGGGACGGGUCGUACCAGUUGAAUAACAACAAUUGGCUUGGAAGUGACCAAUCUGGGAAUGUCCCUUCAGUGGAUCCUUCUUGUAGCGGGCUUAUGGUUAACGAUUGGGGACGAUGUGGCAUGACUUCCCUUUCAUGGGGUGGAAGAGUUGUGGGUAAAAGGCCAGUCAAGAGUUAUGCUAAAGGGAAUUGUGGUGUUCAUGGGGAGGACUAUGAUACAUUUGUUAACAUAUUUGAAGGUGGCUCUCUUCUGUAUUGCAAUAUGUCGUUUGAGGCACUUUUGAGCGUAAGAAAGCAGCUUGAGGAGUUAGGCUUUCCAUGCAAAGCAGUCAACGAUGCCCUUUGGCUGCAGAUGCUUUUAAGCCAGAGAGUGCAGGAAAUUGGUGCUGAUACAUGUAAAAUGUGCUGCUUUACCAGCAUGUCAUGCACUUGCAGACAGCAAUAUGGAUUUUCACGUGGUGUAACUACCACAGGUUACUACAUGCAAGAGCAUGAACACAACAAUUCUCCUGUCAAUAUGGGGAAUGUGUAUGUCACUGAUUCUUCUCAGGUUGGGGGCAGCAGUGUCUUUAGACCAGUUCGUGUUCAUGUUCGGGGACCUAAUGAUGGACUUGCGGGCAUUGGGCGUGGAACUACAGUUGUGCCGGCAACCGCAUGGCCUCCUACCCGUUUCGUCUUUUCUCGUGUGCCCUUCGGUGUCGGCAAUAGAAAUUGCCAGCAGUCUCUUCCAAAUGUCGAUUCGGAGAGUAGAACCAACCACAAUGGGGACCUCUCUGGUGAUGGGUUGACCGCUCUGGUUGGGUUGACCCAGGGAGGGAGCAGCAGUUCUAACAUUCACAGUCAACAGACUGAGAGAGUAUAUGAGACAGAUAUGCAAGACAGGAUAUCUACUUCUGCACCAGGUGGCAGUGGUAUAGCUUUUCAGGUGCUAGAUUCACCUGAACAUGCCAUUGGAAUUGAAUGGGCGAAUGCUAAUGAUUCCUCCAUAUCGUUGGAUAUGAACACACCUUUGAGUCAUUUCCCUCCAUUCCGGUUCGGGGUUGAGUUUCCAGAUGUGCUUCGUCUAACUGACGGUCAAGUGAAGCACUCUCCUGAAUUCUUUUAUGCAGGUUCUCUGUGGAAGAUUAGUGUUCAAGCUUUCAAUGAUGAAGAUCCUCAAGGGCGCCGAACUCUUGGAUUAUUUCUUCAUCGGCGAAAGGCAGAGAUCUCUGAUUCACUUAGGAAGGUUCAUAUGUAUGUUGAUACACGCGAAAAAGUUACUGCCCGUUAUCAGUUGAUCUGUCCAUCAAAGAGAGAAAUCAUGUUGUUUGGAAGCUUCAAACAAAGAGGCACCCUCCUCCCGAAGGCUCCCAAGGGAUGGGGUUGGAGGACAGCUUUGUUCUUCGAUGAACUCGCUGAGCUUCUGCAAAAUGGGGCCUUAAGAAUAGGUGCCGUAGUUCAGCUUGUAUGAAACAGUAAAGGUAAUCUGUCUGAUACCUCUUUCUAUAACACUGAGUCAAUUAAAUAAAUGGGAUACAAACAUGGAGAUUAAAGUAUGAAAUAGCUAACAUAAUAGACACUCUGAGAGCUA